AUGGUCUCGCUCAAGCUUCUGUCUGUAGUCACCUCUUUUGCCGUUGCCUCUGUAGGCUCGACUUCCUUUGACCGAGACAUAGAAAAAUGGAACGAAGCAGUUGAAAAGGCAGAUGUCUUGACAACCAAGCUCAAUCUGACUGAAAAGGCUACCUUCGUGACCGGAAAGCUAGCCCUCGGGACAGCUCCAUGUAUUGGCAAUAUUCUACCUAUCGAUCACGCUGGCUUCAAGGGGAUUUGUAUGCAAGACGGCCCAAAUGGGAUCAACAUUGCAGACCUCGUCAGCGUCUUCCCAGCCGGGCUCACUACCGCUGCCAGCUGGGACAAGGCCCUCAUGCUCGAACGUGCAAAGGCUAUCGGCAAGGAGUUUCGGGGCAAGGGCAUCAACAUUGCCUUGGGACCUUCUGCUGGGCCGAUGGGGAGACACCCUCUUGGUGGUCGCAACUGGGAGGGUUCCUCCAUAGACCCGUAUCUCUCUGGUGUCGCCAUGGAGCAAACUGUGCGUGGAAUCCAGUCGAUGGGCGUCCAGACCUGUUCAAAGCAUUUCCUUGCCAAUGAGCAGGAGCUCCAAAGGUCGUACACCAUCGUCAAUGGACAGCGCAUAGAGGGGAUAUCAUCCAACGUUGGAGACCGAGCCGUCCACGAGCUGUACGGCUGGCCUUUCUACAACGCUAUCAGGGCUGGCACGACGAGCAUAAUGUGCAGCUAUAAUCGCUUCAACGGCACCUACGCCUGCGAGAACGAGUACCUCAUGGAGCAGGUCCUCAGAAAAGAGAUGGGGUUCGAUGGGUACAUCAUGUCCGACUGGUUCGCAACGCACUCAGGGGCGAAGUCUAUCAACGCCGGCCUGGAUCUCAACAUGCCGGGAGGCUACGACGAGGCCACGAUACAGACAGGCGAGAGCUACUGGGGCUCGGUCAACAUUACGGCUAUGAUCGAGGAGGGAUCAGUCAAGGAAGAGCGUAUUGAUGAGAUGGUGCGUAGAAUCCUGACGGCCUACUACUACCUCGACCAAGACACAGAGGAGUACCCGGAGACCGACUGGUCUCUCAUGUACACGUUCGUCGCCUGGUCGAACGUCCUCGAUCUAUUCCCUCCCCCUUACCCUGAGUCUCGCGAUGUUCGCCAGGACCAUGGCGAUCUCAUUCGCAGGAUUGCCGCCGAGUCGACCGUCCUGCUCAAGAACGACGGCAUUCUUCCCCUCAAAAGCCUCAAGAACAUCGGCGUGUUUGGGAACGACGCCGCAGACCCCACCGACGGCCUCACCUUCAACAACAAAUUCGAGAUCGGGACCCUCGACGUUGGGAGCGGUGCCGCGUCGGGGAGACACACCUACCUCGUAUCUCCGUUGGAAGCAAUCAAGGCGCGAGCCAAAGAAACAGGCGCACGGGUUCAGUACAUGCUUCGCAACAGCGUCAUCGCUCAAGGUGACUUCUCCGCUUCGUACCCGAUUCCGGAUGUCUGUCUAGUCUUCCUUAAUGCUUUCUCCGGAGAGAACAAAGACCGCACCAGCUGGGAGCUGGACUGGAACUCGACUGCCGUGGUGGGACAGGUCGCCGACAGGUGUAAUGAUACCAUUGUGGUCACGCAUUCUGUUGGCCCGAAUACAAUGCCAUGGGCCAAUCACUCCAACGUCAAGGCGAUACUCGUCGCUCACCUUCCAGGCCAGGAGACGGGCAAUUCCAUUGUGGACGUUCUUUGGGGAGACGUCAAUCCGUCUGGAAGACUGCCAUACUCCAUCCCCGUCAACAGCAGCGACAUCGAUAUUCCAAUCGUCAAUCUCACCAACGCCACUUCUCCAGGGGCCUGGCAGGCUGAUUUUGACGAGGGGCUCUUAGUCGAUUACCGGCAUCUGGAAGAAAAUGGCAUCGAGCCACUCUUUGGCUUCGGCUUCGGCCUCAGCUACACCACUUUCAACAUGUCCGAUGAGCUGGCGAUCACGCAGGUGAUCACCAACCUGACUUCCGAGCCGGAUCCGACAGUGCCCGUGAUCCCAGGCGGGCAUCCUGAUCUCUGGGAGACCGUGGUGACGGUGGGAGUCAGCGUGACCAACACGGGAUCUGUGGCCGGAGCAAUAGUGCCGCAGCUUUACGUCUCUCUUCCACCAGAAACGUCACCAGCCGGGACGCCUGUGAAGGUUCUCCGGGGGUUUGAUAAGGUCUUCUUAGAAAGUGGCGAGAGCAAGGGUGUCAUUUUCAACCUUACCCGACGGGACUUGAGUUAUUAUAACACGAGUCGGCGCACAUGGACCAUUCCGGAGGGAGCCCUGGUAUUCAGAGUGGGGUUUGAUUCGAGAGACAUCAAGGCCACCGGCCAGACUGUUCUUCUAGAGAACUGA